ACGAAAACAGAAAAAGCAGACGAGAUGUUUGAUUUGAUCUCACUUGCUCUAGUCAUCGGAUUCAUUGUAGCGACGACAGCUUAUCUUUUCCGGUCAAAGCAGAAUCUUCCACCAAGUCCGGUAGGUUUCCCGGUGAUCGGACACCUCCACCUGCUCAAAGAUCCUGUUCACCGUUGCCUCCAUGAGCUCUCUAAAAAACUCGGUCCAGUGUUUUCCCUCAGGCUUGGAUCUUGUCGAGCCGUGGUAGUCACGUCAGCUUCCGCAGCUGAGGAGUUCUUAUCCCACGAAAACGACAUCGUUUUCGCAAACAGGCCUAUCACUACUUUGGGUAAAUACAUUGCUUACAACAACACGAUAGUUAGCGUAUCUCCCUACGGAGACCACUGGCGCAACCUCCGCCGUAUCUGCACCGUGGAGAUCUUCUCCGCCGCUUGUCUCAAAGAAUCUUUAGAGAUCCGGAGAGACGAAGUGAGAUCUCUGCUUCGGACCAUCCAGGAGGCGACAUCAGGAGGAGGAAAUAACUCUGUCCGAGUGGAGCUACGACCGUUGCUUUCGGGGUUUACGUUGAACGUCCUUAUGAGAAUGGUCGCUGGAAAAAGAUGCUUCGGGGAAGAUAACGUGGAAGCUAAGGAGGUGCUGGAGCUGAUCAGUGAAACGUUCGAGCUCGCAGGGUUUACUUAUGCCGGUGACUUUCUUCCGGUUCUGAAGCUGUUUGAUUUCAAUGGAUACGUUAAGAGAGUGAAGAAACUUGGUUCGAAAUUAGAUAAGUUUCUUCAGGGGCUAGUGGACGAACACAAAAGAAACAAAGGGAAAACAGAGUUCAAGAACACAAUGAUCAGUCAUUUGCUAACACUUCAAGAGUCACAACCUGAGUAUUACACUGACGAAAUCAUCAAAGGACUCGUACUGGUGAUGAUAGUUGCCGGGACAGAUACAACGUCCGUGACAUUGGAAUGGGCCAUGGCUAACCUUCUAAAUCAUCCGGAUGUUCUAGCGAAAGUCAAGACGGAGUUAAACAACGUCGUCUCAAGAAAAGGGCGUUUGAUGGAGGAAUCUGAUAUGAGCACGUGUACGUAUCUCAAUAAUGUGAUCUCAGAGACUCUUCGAUUGUAUCCUGCUGGUCCAAUGCUUGUCCCACACACGUCUUCCGUUGACUGCAAAGUUGCUGGGUAUGACAUUCCACGUGGAACAUGGCUAUUCAUCAACGCGUGGGCUAUUCAGAGAGAUCCAAAGUUGUGGGAUGAGCCUGAGGCUUUUAAGCCGGAAAGGUUCGACAGUGAAGAGUUAAAGACCCAUAAUGGUAAGUUUCUACCAUUCGGAAUAGGUAGAAGAGCGUGUCCUGGAAUGGGGCUGGCCCAGCUUGUAUUAGGCUUAGGUUUAGGAUCAUUGAUCCAGUGUUUUGAUUGGGAGAGGGACAAAGACAUGGCAGUUGACAUGUCUGAAGGGAAUGGUCUUACCAUGCCUAAAGCUGUGCCUUUAGUUGCUAAAUGCAGAUCUUCUCCAAUCCUGGACAACAUUGGUUUUUAAUUUUUCUUUUACGGGCACUCCUUCCCAUUGCUAAUAAAACAUUUUAUUUUAUUUCACAUGAAUAGUUAAUUUUUUUAAUAAUCGUCUCUAGAUCCAUAAUCAAUUCUGAUAUUCUAAAAUCUAAAAUUAUUGGACAGUUAAGUCAUAAUCCCAUAUGUUGAAAGAAAC